CCACUGUUGCCAAACUAAUAAAAAAGUUGCUAUUAUACUAAAAGCAGUCAUAUCACACUCGUGAAUUUCAGUACAUUCGUUUGUGCUUUUUGAAAAAAAAGUUGUCAAAGAAUUAAUUGACAUUUAUAAAAAAUUUGCCGAUAACAUAAUUGGAAAAUUAAUCGUAUUACCAAAAUGGCUAAUCGAUUAGAUGCAAUAGUAUUUGGUGCCACUGGAUAUACAGGUAAACAUGUUGCAGCUGAAGUCAUACGACAUGCACAAAAACGGCCAGGUUUUACAUGGGGUGUUGCGGGACGAUCUGAAGAUAAAUUGAAAAAAGUUAUUCAAGAUCUUGAAAAAAAAACAGAACAAGACUUGAGCAAUGUUAAAGUGAUUGUUGCUGAUAUCGUUGAUGAAAAAUCUCUUGUAGAAAUGGCAAAACAGGCAAAAUUAAUCAUUAAUGCAGUUGGACCAUACAGAUUUUAUGGUGAACCAAUUGUUAAAGCUUGUAUUGAAGCCGGUGCGCAUCAAGUAGAUAUUAGUGGCGAACCGCAGUACAUGGAAAGGAUGCAGUUAGAAUAUGGUGAAAAGGCAAAAGAAAAGGGUGUUUAUAUUGUUAGCGCCUGUGGUUUUGAUAGUAUUCCAGCGGAGAUGGGAACAGUUUUUGUUGAAGAUAAAUUUGACGGUACUGUCAAUUCAGUUGAAACUUAUUUAGAAUCUUGGACCGAUGCCCCACUUACUGGACCUGCUCUUAACUUUGGCACCUGGGAAUCUGCAGUAUAUGGUUUAGCACAUGCAGAUGAAUUAAAAUCAUUACGUAAACAAUUAUAUCCAGUGCGUACUCCGAAAUUUGAACCACGUUUAGAAAAGAGAUCUGUUGUACACAAAAGCGAUGUAAUUGAGGGAAAAUGGUGUGUUCCUUUCCCGGGAUCAGAUCGAUCAGUUGUAAUGCGUUCACAACGAUAUUUUUAUGACAAUGAUAAGAAAAGACCCGUUCAAAUGGAAGCAUAUUUGGUUGUUGGAUCAUUAUUCUCUGUUGUCAUUUUGGGUAUAUGUGCUGGAAUUUUCGCCCUUCUCGCUAAAUUUAAACCAGGUCGCAGUUUAUUAUUGAAAUAUCCUGGAUUAUUUUCAUUAGGUUACUUUUCAAAAGAUGGCCCUAAAGAGGAGGAAUUACCUUUAACAAACUUCGCCAUAACAUUAUAUGCUAAAGGUUGGUCUGCUGAUAAGAAAUUGGCUGAACCAACUGAUCAACAUACCGAACCACCAAAUAAAACAUUAGUGGCUAAAGUACAAGGCAAAGAUCCAGGAUACGGUGCAACAUCUAUGAUGCUUGUAACUGCUGGUUUAACUAUCUUGGAUGAAAAAGACAAAUUGCCUGAAACCGGUGGAGUAUUACCUCCUGGUGCUGUUUUCGCAAAGACAUCAUUAAUACAAAAGUUAAACGAAAAUGGUGUCACCUUCGAAGUAUUGAACAUAAAAACUGAAGACAACAAAGAGGCAUAAAGAAAACACGAUUUUUUUUAAUAAAAAUUAAAUGUUACUUAGCUUUUCUUCAGAUAUUUUAACAUUUAUUUUGCUAUUUAAUAGAACUGAGCUUUUAGUAUUAAAAAUUAAGAUGAAAAUUUUCUUAUU